CUCGUCUCCCUCUUUCUCUGCAGAGUGAAGAACGAAACGAACAAUGCGACGAAGAAGCCAGCGGAAGGGGCAAUCCUCAGUCUCAGAAAAUGAACCAAGAUCACAACAAGAUUCAGAAGGAAGUUUGGCGGAAAUAUCAAGGGAGGCAGUGGGGAAACUUUUACAGCGUGCUAAUAAAGUUGGUGGCAGGAGGAGAAAGAUGAUGCUGGAGUCUGAGACGGAACAAAAUGGAACUCACACAUUGGAACAAAUCCUCCAACCGAAGACUUCAGAGGUUGGACAUAAUCAUAGAAAUCCCAUAGGAAGUACUUCUGCAGAGGAGAAAUGUAAUAACGUAAGUAUAGACCAAGGAUACUUGAACGACAAGGGCGAACUAGAUGACUCAGACUGGGAAGAGGGUACCAUUCCCGUGGAUGAUAGCCCUGUGACUAUUGAAUUUGAUGUGACUCCAGAUCCAGCUGUGAAGAAACAAGCUCGUCGUGCUUCUGCCAAGGAUAAGGACUUGGCUGAACUUGUACACAAGGUUCAUUUGCUUUGUUUACUUGCUCGUGGAAGGUUAAUAGAUAGUGCUUGUGAUGAUCCUCUUAUUCAGGCUUCUUUGCUUUCUCUACUCCCAGCACACUUGCUUCAGUUGUCAAAUGUCACAAAACUCACAUCAAGAGCUCUACAUCCUUUAAUUUCAUGGUUCCAUGAUAACUUUCAUGUUCGAAACUAUACAAAUGCAGAAGCAUCACUACACUUUGCUUUGUCAUCAGCUUUAGAAUCACGUGAGGGUAGUCCUGAAGAGAUUGCAGCUUUAUCAGUUGCACUGUUUAGAGCUUUGAAUUUUACAACCAGGUUUGUAUCCAUUUUGGAUGUUGCAUCUCUCAAACCAAAUCAAUCCAUGGGAUCAGAUGCAGGUAGAUCCAGUAAGGGGAUAUUUAAUACUUCAACACCAAUGGUGUCUAAGAAAAAAUUGGAUUUUAAUUCAACACGAAAAUCAUUAACCAAUGAGAAAGAAAAAGUCUGUGAAAGCUCUUGUGGGAAUUCACGGAGAAGUAAAAAAGGUCGUGCAACAAGCCAUGUGUCUGAGUCUAAUAAUCCUCCCACUGCUGAAAACUUGAAUGAUAGUGUGUCCAAGUCACAAAUUUCUGAGACACAAGAUAAGAACUCCAAACCGUGUCUUUCUGAACAAUCUUGUAGAUCAAAGAGAAAAGGGGAUCUUGAAUUUGAGAUGCAGUUGGAAAUGGCUCUUUCUGCUACAGCAGUUGGAUCCUUGAAUAGUAAAUUGGAGUCGGAUACAAAUGAUGAUGCAGCAAAUGUUUCUUCUCCAUCAAAAAAAAUGAAGAGAGAUAUAAGUGGAGAAUCUUCAACGCCCCCUCAAGUAAUUUCCACAGCACUAGGAUCAAAAAAAGUAGGAUCACCUCUGUAUUGGGCAGAAGUAUAUUGCAGCGAAGAGAAUUUGACAGGAAAAUGGGUGCAUGUUGAUGUCGUGAAUUCUAUUAUUGAUGGGGAGGACAAGGUUGAAGCUAUGGCAGCUGCAUGCAAAACAUCUUUGAGAUAUGUUGUUGCCUUUGCUGGGCAGGGGGCCAAAGAUGUGACCCGCAGGUAUUGCAUGAAAUGGUAUAAGAUAGCAUCGGAACGAGUUAAUUCAAUGUGGUGGGAUUCAGUAUUGGCACCGCUGAGGGACCUGGAAUCGGGGGCAACUGGAGGUGUGGUUCCUUCGAGAACAAACCACAUCACUUCUACACAAUCCAACAUGAGUGACUCUUUCGUACCUACACGGAGCUCUCUUGAGGAUAUUGAGUUGGAAACUAGGGCAUUAACUGAGCCUCUUCCAACUAACCAGCAGGCCUACAAAGCUCAUCCACUUUAUGCCAUAGAAAGAUGGCUUACUAAGUAUCAAGUACUUCACCCAAAGGGUCCAAUUCUGGGCUUAUGUGGAGGUUUCCAUGUUUACCCUCGGACUUGUGUGCAAACUGUUAAGACGAAAGAGAGAUGGCUCAGGGAAGGACUGCAAGUUAAAGCCAAUGAACUGCCUGUGAAGGAGCUUAAACCUUCCGUGAAGGCCCAGAACUUACAAGAUUUUGAAGCUGAUGACUAUGAGUGCACUGAUUCUAAGGAAAAUAUUAAACUUUAUGGGAGCUGGCAGUUGGAACCAUUAAAUUUGCCUCAUGCUAUGAAUGGGAUAGUACCUAAGAACGAACGUGGUCAGGUAGAUGUUUGGUCUGAGAAAUGUCUUCCACCAGGGACCGUGCACCUGAGAUUUCCAAGGGCGUUUUCAAUUGCAAAGAAGCUAGAAAUUGAUUAUGCUCCUGCUAUGGUUGGUUUUGAAUUUAAAAACGGGCGUUCAUACCCUGUCUUUGAUGGUAUUGUGGUGUGUGCCGAGUUCAAGGAUGUACUGUUAGAGGCAUUUGCCGAGGAAGAACAAAGACGGCAGGCAGAAGAGAAGAGAAUAGAUGAAGCUGAGGCUCUUCGUCGGUGGUACCAGCUGCUUUCAUCUAUCGUAACGCGCCAAAGGUUGAAAAAUCGAUAUAAUAAUGGUUUGUCAUCAGAGAUUUUGACUGAAAUCCAACAUGUGAAUGAUAAGGAAUCAAAUGCCAUAGUGAGUGAUAGUUAUGACAAGAAUCAGACUCCCAAAAACCAGCAAGUAAACACAAGCAAGAAUGAUAGCGGUCUCGAUCUGGAAGCUUUGGUAAGUACUCCUGGUAAAGCACAUGAGCAUGUGUUUUUGAAAGAGUAUGAGAGCUUUGAUGAGGGAACCUCUCUAUUAACAAAACGAUGCCAAUGUGGAUUUUCAGUCCAAGUAGAAGAAUUGUAGCAUCUAUGCGAAACACUUUCAUGUAAAACACCCACCCCCAACAAAAAGAAAAUGUAUAAAACACGUUUUGUCUGGAUGCAGAGUUUUGAUGAAACUUGAAAGCAGUUAAAACCUUGUAUUUUUCGGGACUCACUUUUCCAGAUAUGUAUAUUAAACAUACUUCAGUUUGUGAAUGCAAUUUCACAGAAUAU